CGACCAAAACUUACUCGCACGCACAACAACUUUUGGUACCGACAUCAAAUCAUCCCAUCACCAUGUCCGGGCGAUCGAUAUUGCCUACAAUUGCACCACCAGCCUGGCCACCUCAGCCGCAGUCGUCGUCCUGGCCCGUCUCGCCAACAGUCGUAGACGGCUGGAGCCAAGGGCACGCUGCCAACCAAACCGUGCUCGGCUAUUUUGCGAUAGCGUCCAUCCGCACCAUGUUCACCUUUGCCGGGAUUUUGUUCCUGUCGCCCUUUGUCGAAUCGCUCCCGCAGACCGCCAACAUCAUCGCGUUCGUACUGCUCAUUGCGGAGCUGCUGACCGCGUACCGGUCGCUAAAAGCGCGCAACGUCGAGGUCAAUCGCGCGUGGACCGUUGCGAAUCUUGCGUGCUUCGUCGGCGUCUUCGUGUGGUUGCUCGUGGGCAGCGUGGCCCCGGCGUCGUUGGAGCCGUGGCCGCCCGGUGCAGACAGCAAGGGCGAACCCGCCCCGCUGGUUUCGCGCAUCCCUACGAUAUGGGCCUUUUUGGGCACCAUCGCUGCCGGUUUCACGCUCCCGGCCGUCCGUGUACAAGAUUGGCGCAGCGGACUCGGGGUCGACAAGUUUCCGAGCCUGGAUAGCCCCGUCUACUCCCCUGCGUCUACGGCGGUAGCGUUGGGGUUGAACGGCUCCGUUGAUGGGCCGGCAGCUCUGCAACAGACAUAUUCCGGCACAUCGGAUUCUGGGCCGGCGAGGUAGUCGGGAAUGAAUGGAGAGGACGGGGCUUUGGCGGAUGCGUUUGCUACUCGAAACAAUGUUUGAAAUAUGGCAGUUGGUUGAACUUGAUGUUCAGAGCAGCUUUGCGUUGUGUACACUCGGGGUUUCCUCAUCGAAAAGCAGAGUUAAGAAUCAGGAGUUGUUGAACACUGUGAAACAAUAUGUUGAAGCACAAGACAACAAACGACUGGGCUGUUUCUCGGUACAUGCUAGGGUGACCGAAGGCAACAGAGGAAGGAGCUGUUGGAAUCGUCGUAUGUGUCGAUAAACUGGAUCUAUCUUCUUGGAGGCAUCGCCUAACACUGCCGAGGCUUGAGACAGUCACCUCAACAUUGGAAGCCAAGGUUUCCUUGCGGUCAAGAAAUCAAAUCUCAUCUAGGCCUCUUCAGACCACCCGAUUGUGUGAGAAACUCUCGGUUAGCUUGGGCCUGACAAAUAAGAUGCUGGCGCAGAAACCAUUGUCACUUGGCACAUCAUAUGAGACUAAAAUAUGAAAGAUGUCGCCUCGGAAAUUGAUCCGCCAUCCUUUUCACCCCAGUAACGACAGUAUAUGGUCACUUACCAAUCUCUUACCCCGAACUGGAGUUACGCACCUCGGCGUGCUCCGAAUAUCGGCGACCUGUGGCAAUCCGGAUUUAUUGACAUUAUAGACAAGCGCCCUCCGGCCUUUUCGACAUCUUCAAUCCCCACCGCAGCUUUUCACCAGAUAAUCCAGUCUCUGCAGCCUUGCACAGAACAGCCUCCUAAUCGGAUGCCAAAGUCAGACUGAUAACGUUUCAUUAUACUGGCCCUUGUGUGAAGAAUGCCUUGGCAGAUGCUUUAUUAGAUCCAGCCUAAUUGCAACGUUAUUAGCAUUGUUCCACUGCAAACAUACGCC